AUGGUCUUCGCUUGGCAGGAGCCAGACGUACUCGCCGCCUUGUCGAAGGAAGGCUUUGGCCGGGAGCUUGCGGAACAGGUGGCCUGCAAGCUGAAGCAGCAGCUGGAAGCGGGGAAAGGCUAUGACAAGGAGCUCUACCACUUGCCUCAGAUCAUACACCGCGACUACUGCGGCUACUGUGUCUUUGCGACGAAAUCCAAGGGAUGGGGCUAUGGAGAGAUCGGCUGUGAUGGCUAUCCGCCGGAACUGCCGGGCUUGCGGCAGUGGGAUACCAAGGAAGAGUUUGUGGAGUGGUUGGCGGAGCAGUCGGAUUACACCAUGGCCUUCAUGGGAAUGUGCGAUCCGAAGGACUGGCCACAGGAGGACAUGUUCGCAGUGAACAACCAGACCAUUACCCGAUCGAAGCUCACGGAUUCUCUGGACGAAGAGUGA